UUUCAACAUCUUGUGAAGGAAUAAUUAGUAGAUACUGGAUAGACUUUUCUGGAAAAUACCUGACUCCUCCUCCACAGCGUUUAAAUACCUCAUGUAUCUUCAUUCCUCUGCAUCACGCUAGCAAGACAACAAAGUAUUUCCUAAUCAAUCACACACACAUCAUUUUCUACUCGAUCACACAAAAAGAAAAGAAGAGAAUGUCGCUGAUUCCAAGUUUCUUCGGUGGGCGAAGGAGCAACGUCUUCGAUCCUUUCUCCCUCGACGUUUGGGACCCCUUCAAAGACUUCCAAUUCCCGAGCUCUCUUACUUCUUCCGACAAUUCUGCGUUCGUCAACACUCGUGUGGACUGGAAGGAGACUCCCGAAGCUCAUGUCUUCAAGGCUGAUCUUCCUGGUCUCAAGAAGGAGGAAGUGAAGGUUGAGAUCGAAGAUAACAGUGUCCUUCAGAUCAGCGGAGAGAGGAACGUUGAGAAGGAGGACAAGAACGACACCUGGCACCGUGUGGAGCGCAGCAGCGGCAAGUUCAUGCGGAGGUUUAGGCUCCCUGAGAACGCCAAGAUGGAUCAGGUGAAGGCAUCCAUGGAGAAUGGUGUUCUCACUGUCACUGUUCCCAAGGCAGAAGUUAAGAAACCUGAUGUUAAGCCCAUUCAGAUCACUGGUUAAACAAGAUACUUUUUUCCUUGUUUUUGCUCCUCUCGUUUUCAAACCUGUGUUUGCGUUUUGUUGUGAAUUGUAAUUGCGUAAUGCCUAUGUCACGUUCAUGUCCCUGAGAAAUAUAAAUCAUGUAGUAGCGGUAAGUAAGAAAGCAAGAUUAUUGUGAUAUGAGAUGUAAUCAAGUAUGUAGUGCAUGUGAAUAAUAAUAAUUUCUUUCUUUUAUCA